AUGGCUAGUGGUACAGCACAAAACAAACCUCCCAUUGCCAUGAGCAGCGAAACGGCUCGCAACAAGGCUCCCAGCGCUGAAAUGGCGAACACAAACUCUGAUCUAAGCCAGCUUCAGUCCCCUCCGCAUGCAAAGCUACUAAACGCCAUUGACAGGCUUCGUUCGGAACACAUUGAUGCCGAAAUCAGUGUGCCGCAAAUCGUGGUAUGCGGCGACCAGUCAAGCGGAAAGUCUUCUGUUUUAGAGGCCAUCGCCGGCGUUCCCUUUCCACUGGGCGCAAUGACAACCACACGUUUCGCAACCGAAGUCAUCCUUCGCCGUUCGUCUACAGAAAGUCUCACGAUAGACAUCGUCCCCGCUUCAGACCGCGAACUGCAGAUGGAGGCACGCAUCAAAGGAUUCCGACAGCCUGAGGGCAUCACUGAUCCCGAACAUUUCGGCGUCGCCAUCAAAGCAGCGGCGGAUCAUCUCAAACUGCUGGAACCGCAAUGCCACUUCUGGAGAGACCGUCUCCGCGUCGAAGUCAGUGGGCCUAAGCAGCCUCACUUGACUCUGAUUGAUCUGCCGGGCAUAAUCCACUAUGAGCCGAAAGACAUCGCAGAGCCUGGCGACAAGAAAAAGAUCAAAGACUUGGUUCUGGAAUACAUUAAAAGUCCGAGGACAACUGUACUUGCCGUUACCGAUGCUCAAAACAACGUCGAGAAUCAAGAAAUCCUGGGACUCGUCCGUCGGGUCGAAGGGGCGAGUGAUCGUACCAUGGGCGUCAUCACCAAGCCUGAUCGGGUUCCGAAAGGUAGUGACCUGGAGCACAAUGUCAUCGGCAUGGCGAUGAGCGCCAAGCCCGAACUGCGAUUGUGCUGGCAUGUUCUCAGGAACAUUCGUCACGAUGAGUCUAGCGAUCGCAGUCCGGCUCACCGAGAGGCGGUCGAGCGCAAGUUCUUUGAAGACAGCGCUUGGUCUCGACUGAGUCCCGAUGCUCGGGGAAUCUACAGGCUGCGCAAAAAGUUGAGCGACCAGUUGUUCAGAAGCAUCACGGCAACGCUCCCCUCUCUCAUAUCCGAAAUGCAACGACAGCGCAACUCAUGCAAGGCGACCAUUGAGCGGCUCGGGCCCGAGAGAUCUGGUCAGGCGGACCAGAGGAAGUAUCUGUCGGACAUCUUGCACAGGUUACGGCGGCUGAUCGAGGCUGCACUCGAUGGGGGAGACUACAAAGAGAAGGGUCUAGGCAACAGGAUCACGACGGUGACUGAGAAGUUUUCGGCCGACAUACGCAAACACGGCAGUCAAUAUAAGAUCGUCUACAGAGGAGAGGACGGCCGCCUCUACGAAGACGACGCCGAUCAGGUUGACACCGCCGAAGAAAACGGAGAAGAAUCCGGGGAUGAUAAGUCGGAUCAAUCAACGGAAGCACUGGAGUUGAACUUCUUUGCCCCUUAUACGACAGGGACUGGUCUUCGUACUGAGGAAGUGGCUCUCGACGAUUAUCUUGCAGAACUAGCAACUCACAUUGAGCGCACACGAGGCAAGGAUCUGCGAGGUCUCCCGUCGAGCAGGACUGCGCGAACAAUUUUCCGCCAGUUGUCGGUCCCAUGGCAGAGCAUCGCUGAGGAGUACCUCGGGCAAUGUCUCGAUGCGACUUCAGCUUUCUUGACACUGGCGAUUCAGCAUGUUGCUGGUGACCACACUGGACCGGCUUUCGUUAGUGCCUACCUGUACCCAGAAGACAACAGCGUUGGCCUCGAGGCAAGGCGCAAGUUACUGGAGUCGAAGUUGCAGGAGCUGAUCUGGCCGUUCAAUCACAGUCAUCCGAUGACAGCGAACCGAAGUCUCGGGAACCGCAAGUCCAAAGGGUACUGGCAUUCAAUUGCUGAGAAAUUCCGCUCCAAUUUCACAGAAGAGAUGGUACAGGCUGCGCUUGAGCUGGACUAUGCGCAGGACUAUUAUCGGAUAUCCUUGAACACCUUCAUCGACAACGUGGCCGCUCUCGGUAUCCAAAGAUGCCUUCUCGCGGAUCUCGGCGACCUGUUCCCAGCCGAUCAAGUACCCAUCAUGGAGAACACGGUCAUCACCGAGAUCGCCGCCGAGCCCGCGGACGCACAACAGAGCCAGAACGCUUUCUGGGCUGUACUAACAGCGCCAGUUAUCGAAUCCCGCAACCAGAGAGACUACACGGGUCCCUCUGCUAUAACUCCUCCCAGCCGUUCGACAAGCGAUGCCGAUGUCGAAGCGCCUCCAGAGCCAGAGAAGCAACACAUCUUCGACUUCAACCGAUCACUUGCUCCAGCGGCACCCACCGAUGUCCGCUCAACCGGUCUGUUCGCUGGGCCUUCUCCCAGUCGGCCAUCCAGCGGCGCUGCCGCCCAAGCAUCCGGAGACCGUGGUCAGAAACCCUGGCCGAGCUUUGGAGCUCCGUCUCGAUGA